UAAAAUUGCCUGCUGUAAUCCUUGUUUGGGUUUGUAUAGGGGUGGCACCACAUAAGAAGGACGAAGCAAUCAGUUGGUAAAACAGAACAGCAGAACACAAAAUAGGUUUCACCAUGGAUACCUCAAUGCACAAUUCACUCCUUUUUCACCAAACAUUCCUAAAAGGCAAACCAAAAGCUCUCGGGAUUGUGCUGAUUGUUUCUGGUGUGUUGGAAGUUGCUCUGGGUAUAGCAUCGGUAUACACAGGAGCAAUCUACUCCUGGGCCAGUGGAAUCGAUUUUUGGGGAGCAGUAGUUUACAUCAUUGCCGGUGCCCUGACCAUAGUGGCUGGGACUAAUCCCAACAUCUGCAUGAUCAAGGGCUCUCUUGCUAUGAACAUCAUUACAGCUAUCGUCAGCUUCAUUGCGUUCAUAUUGGUCUGUGCAGAUCUGGCUUUAUUUAAUGCAAUAACUUAUUACGCUGAUGGCACCUUGAAGGAAUACUUGUCUAGCGCGAAAGCUGUUCUUGCUUUACUUCUGAUCCUCAAUCUCCUGCUGUUCUCUGUGUCCAUUUCCUUGUCCGUGUUUGGAUGCCAGGCUGUGGGUCAUGAAUCGAAUACCCCUGCGCAGGUGUUUGUGGUACAGAAUACUGUUGUGACUGGAAUGCCUCAACCACCACCUUACCCAAUUUCAUGAAAGAUGUCCAUUGUGGAACUAGAUCUAUAACAUUCUUAAUUCUUAAGGCUUCUGUUUAUUCCAUUUUUGAAAUUAUUUAAAAUAAUCUGUGUCAAAUAAAAAUAAAUAUCUGUAUGUUUCCUUCUCA